AUGCCGGGGAUCCAAGGACGGCGAGACACCGAAGCGAACGAAAGCGAGUACGACGACGACGACGAGGUCGAGUUUGACAACGAGGUACCUGCCGCGAGGAACACGUCGGUUUUCGAAAGAUGGGACGAAAGAGAUGUGGCGUCUGUCAAUGCCGAAAAGAUGUCCUCGCGGUGGCACCGACAGGAGGAGGAAGAAGAAGAAGAAGGGGUACGCAUACACUACACAGGACGCACAGCCAUCAGAGCCGCAAGGAACCGCACUCGCGUCCGCGUCCGCGUCCGCGUCUGA